AUGAAAGGUUGCGAGAUUGCAUCAAAGUCGACGGUUAGUCAACUCGGCCCGAGACAAUACUGCAAAGAACAACUCGUUAUACCCUAUCAAAACGGCUUCGUCUUGUCAAUUUGGCAUCAAAGUGGCUCGGUACCACGACUGACGUAUGACCGGCUUGAUGAUGAUACAGAAGUUGGCUAUGAAACAGGUGCAUUGCGUCUAGACCAGAAAUCUCCCUCUAUCCAAUCGGAAGAGCCUUGGUUAAGGUGA